AUGAGUUCGGAGUCCAGUGAACGGGAGAAAGUGAUUGCAGAGCAGAAAUUAGCCGUGGAAUCAAUAAGGGCGUUCCUGAAAUCGAAGACUUCAUAUGACGUUUUGCCGGUGUCGUAUCGUUUAAUUGUCCUUGACACAUCGUUACUGGUGAAAAAAUCAUUAAAUGUGCUUUUGCAGAAUAACAUUGUUUCGGCACCGCUGUGGGAUGCAAAGACUUCAAGGUUUGCCGGACUUUUGACCUCCAGUGACUUUAUUAACGUCAUACAGUACUACUUUUCGAACCCAGAUAAGUUUGAACUGGUGGAUAAACUGCAGCUGGAUGGACUGAAGGAUAUAGAGCGGGCCAUUGGCGUGGAACCGCCGGACACCGCGUCGAUCCAUCCGUCGAGGCCGCUGUACGAGGCGUGCAUUCGAAUGAUGGACUCUACAAGCAGGAGAAUCCCCCUCAUCGACCAAGACGAGGAUACCCACAGAGAGAUCGUGGUCAGUGUGCUCACGCAGUACAGGAUUUUAAAGUUUGUGGCGUUGAAUUGCAGAGAGACUCAUUACUUAAGGAGACCCAUCGGGGAGCUGAAUAUAAUCACGAAGAGUAACGUGGCAAGCUGCCGGAUGACCACACCCGUCAUCGACGUGAUUCAGUUGCUAAGCCAGGGCAACGUGGCGUCGAUACCCAUCGUCGACCAUGAAGGAACUCUCGUCAACGUCUAUGAAGCGGUAGAUGUGCUGGGACUGAUCAAGGGCGGAAUUUACAACGACCUUUCCCUUUCGGUCGGAGAAGCACUGAUGAGAAGAAGCGACGACUUCGAGGGCGUAUAUACCUGCACCGAAAGAGAUAAGUUAUCGACAAUCAUGGACAACAUCAGGAAGUCGAGAGUUCACAGGUUCUUUGUCACCGACGACAGCGGGAAGCUGGUCGGUGUUUUAACGUUGAGCGAUCUUCUGAAGUACAUUCUUCUGGGCGAAAACUGA